GCUUGCUGCUUAGCAACCGCGAUAGCCACUGGUUGCACUGGUUGCGCGCUUCAACUCGAUAUACAUCAGCUAACAGCGAUUUGCACAGACCACACAUCACAAUGGGUUACGAAGACUCCGUGUACCUGGCCAAGCUGGCCGAGCAGGCCGAGCGUUACGAGGAGAUGGUCGAGAACAUGAAGGCCGUUGCCUCCGCAGACCAGGAGCUUUCCGUCGAGGAGCGAAAUCUCCUUUCCGUUGCCUAUAAGAACGUCAUCGGUGCUCGCCGCGCCUCCUGGAGAAUCGUCACCUCGAUCGAGCAGAAGGAGGAGUCCAAGGGCAACGAGACCCAGGUUACUCUGAUCAAGGAGUACCGCCAAAAGAUCGAGGCCGAGCUGGCCAAGAUCUGCGAGGACAUCCUCGAGUGCCUUGACAGCCACCUGAUCCCCUCUGCUGAGAGCGGAGAGUCCAAGGUCUUCUACCACAAGAUGAAGGGCGACUACCACCGCUACCUUGCCGAGUUUGCCGUUGGUGACAAGCGCAAGACCUCUGCCGACAAGUCGCUCGAGGCUUACAAGGCUGCUACCGAUGUUGCCGCCUCCAACCUUGCUCCUACCCACCCCAUCCGUCUCGGUCUCGCCUUGAACUUCUCCGUUUUCUACUACGAGAUCCUCAACUCGCCCGACCAGGCUUGCCAGCUCGCCAAGCAGGCUUUCGAUGACGCCAUUGCUGAGCUCGACACCCUGUCUGAGGAGAGCUACAAGGACUCCACCCUCAUCAUGCAGCUCCUCCGUGACAACCUUACCCUCUGGACAUCGUCCGAGGCCGAGCCCUCCGGUGACGCCCCCGCCGGCGAGCCCGCCACCGACGCGCCCAAGGCUGAGAGCAGCGAGGCUCCCGCCGACGCCAAGGCAUAAAUCUGAAAAACCGAUAACAGACGCAAAAAUGGCAGGGGUUAGUGGUUAUUGGUGCAUCUUGGUAAACGGUCAAUGAUGGCUAGACUCAUCAUUUUCUACAGUGUGGCAUGAAGGGUAUAUCCUAGGUGUGACUUUCAGGCCGGGUGCGCUUUGUUUAGACUCCAAAUUCUCAAUCCUGUCUACAUCCUUUUACCCAGGUGUCUUGCCUUUAUACCACUAUACCGCCUUUCCUUCCAAGUCUCGUUGGUUUAAUAUGCCGUAUUUGCGAUUAGAGUGUGGCUGGUGGCUAUCGAAGUUCUGGCUCUUUGCUGUUCCUACAUUCUCUUCAAAACUUAUAAUCAAAGAUAUCCGCUUCUACUUGGAUCGUCGCUGAAGGUGUGAAGUGAAUGUUGUUUGUUGACUGAGCGCUCCUUCCCCAU